AAUGAGCUUUCCUCGCGCUUCUAUUAAGAGAUUUAACGAUAAUUCAAAUGACAAUCCAGCUCCAGGUAGCUAUGAUCCAAAGGCUAAAUCUAAAAUUCCGUCAGCGUUCAUUGAUACUGGUGGGAAAAGGUUCGUUGAUAAAGUUGAUGAAGAUGGAUCUCUUCGAAGAGCCAGUAGUGCUCAUUCACUUUCCACAUGUUCCAGUGGAUCUUUAAAUAACCUAGCAUUGAUUAAUUGCACACCUUCAAAGAGAAAAGACAACGAUGGUUUUAAAAUACCUUGCGACUUUGCUAUGUCAAGUGGUCAAGAGCAGAAAAUUAAACGAUUGGAAAAAGAGUUAGACGAAAAAGAACGGCAAAUAUCAAAAAUUCAAAUCGAGUGUAACGAUCUUCAAGUGAAACUAAAGUCAGUCAACGAUAGAGGCAAAAAGGAGCAAUCAUUAAUGAAGGAAAAUGAGAAAUUAAAGAGCCAAGUUGAAGAAUUAAAAAAAAAAAUAGCUAAACUUGAAGCCGAAAAACGAAACUGUGAAGAAGAAUUAAAAGAAGCACGUAAUUUAUUAAAUAAAUUUGAAAAAGAUCUCACAAGUGUACAAAAAGAAAACAGUUCAGUUAAAGAAGAUGGAGAGCGGUUUAAAAUUGAAAUUUCUGAUCUUAGACAGAUAACCUCUCGUCUGGAAUCUGAUAAACAAGCAUUGAAAGAGAGUUAUGAAAAACUGGGCAAAGAUAUGGACUCACUAAAAACAGAUAAAUCUUGUCUAGAAGAGAAAAAUUGUCUGCUCAACUCCGAUCUCGAAGAAGUAAGGAAACAAUUAGAGUCUUGUAAAAUAGGUUACGAGAAACAAGAACAAGAAAAUAAGGAAAUUUUUACAAAGUGUAAAAUGGAACUAAAAGAAGAAGUAUACUCAUUAUUAAAAAAUUUGUCUAAUUGCGAAGGGGAAAAGAGCAAAUUAGAAGCAAUGCUAAAAGAGGUUCAAAUUGAAUUGGAUAGCUGUAAAGAAGGCUUUGAACGAUACAAACAUGAGCUUGAAGCUAAUAUUAGCCAAUAUAAAUUGGAUUUGAGCAAAACUGAAGAAGAGAAGAGCAUACUUUUAUGUAAUUAUCAAGAUAUUCAAAAGGAAUUUGACUCAUUCCGUAAAUCAAAGGUAAAGAGUGUAACAGACGAAUUGGAAUCUGUAAAAGGAGAGCUUAUAAUCCUAAAGAAAGCUUCUGAGGAUUUACACUCGGAAGCCAUUUUAAAAACAAAAACAGUUGAGCAAAGAAAUGAUAUUUUAAAACGUUCUGUUCAGAUUUUACAAGAAAAGAAUGGAGAAUUUGAAAAAAGUAUUUUACAUCUCGUUAGAGAGAAUGAAGAUAUAUCAUUCGAAUUAUUAUCUUUUAAGAAACAAAGUGAAAAACUAAAUGCUACUAAUCUCGCUAUAGACGAGGAAUUACAAGCAAAAAUUAAAGAAAAUAAAGAUCUCUUUGAUAAGCUGGGGGAAGCAGCUGAUAGCAUUAACAAAUUGGAGAAAGAUAAAAUAAUUAUUGGAGAAAACCUACAGCAAAGCUUAAGUGAGAAUAAUACUUUGAAAAGCAGUCUUGAAUCUCUGGGAGAAAAUUAUAGCAACGCUUGCAAAGGCCUACAGGAACAAGCCGAUGAAUUGUUAGAGUUGAAGAAUAAGUUGAGCAACACUGAAGAUGAAAAGAAAGAAAUAGAAAAGUUAAAAGAUGAUAUUGAAAAUGAAAAAGUGAAUAUUGAGAACAUAAGAGACGAAAUGGAAAAGGAUUUGACAAAUACAAAACAAUUAUUGACAGCAAAAGAUACAGAUAAUCAAAAAUUACAAACAAAUAUCGAAGCAAUGGAAAGAGAUCUGUUGGAUAGGAAUAAACAAUUAGAAGAUAUAACCAACGACAAAUGUAAACUGGCAGAAAACUGCGAACAAUUGGAAAAGGAUUUGAUAGAAACGAAACAAGAAUUGGAAAAUACAAACAAGGAUAGAUGUAUAUUGCAAGCAGAUUAUGAAGAAUUGGCAAAGAUAAAGCAAACACUGGAAAAAGAUUUAUUACAAACUAAACAAUUAUUGGAAAGUAAGAAUAUUGAAAAUUGCAAAUUGCAGCAAGAUUUCAAAGAUAUGGAGAUAAUAAAAGAAAAAUUAGAGAAAGAUAAAGUAGAAACAAUUCAACUGUUGGAUUGUGCGAAUGAGAGUAAAGUCAAAUUGCUUGCUGAUUAUGAGGAAUUGAAGAGAGAUAGUGAUGUAAUUAUACAAAAUAUGACCUCUGAAAAAUUAAAUUUACAGGAAAAAGUUAAAAAAUUAAAUUCAGCCAUUGAAGAUAUUAAUUUGGAGCAUUUGACACUUAAAGAAGAGACUAGAGUGUUAAGUGAUGAAACUGAAUCACUUUGUCGGAACUUACAGGAAGAGAAUGAAAAACUUACGCAAGAACUUCAAGCAGAAAAAACGACGUUGGAAACAGUUUGUCGAAAAUUGUACGAUACCAUAACAAAGUGGAAUGGUGAGGUUGAAAGAAGCACAACUCUGUCAAUGGAGCUUGACGAAAAAAUCUUUUCUAUUAGUAAAUUAAACAGAGAAACCGCUACAAAAGACGAGGAAAUUAUGGAGUUAAAGCAACAAGUUAACGAGUCGUUAUCUAGGUGUGAAAAAUAUGAAUGCUUUGUUAAUUCAACAAUGGAGUUUUUGGGAGUAAAAGGUCAAUUUGUUGAUUCCAUUCUAUUAAAAAUAAUCUCAGAUUGCAAGGAAAAGAAAGAUAAAUUAGAAGUUGAAAAUGAGCAUUUAUCAUCUGAUUUAAAAUCGACUAACAAACAACUGAAGGAGAUGAAAGCUAAAAUUGACUUCAAUAAGAAUAGUAUUGAAGAGUAUAACUAUCUAUUAGAUGAAAAAUCAAAAAGAAUAGAAAAUUUGGAAGAAGAGUAUCUUGCGCUUAAAAUAUCAAGACAGAAUAUAGCAGAUGAAUAUGUGGCAUUAAAUACGGAAAAAAGCAGGGUGGAAGCUUAUGUAUUAGAUCUCGAAGAGAACCUGAAGACUUUAAAGAGUUGUUCGACAGAGCAGGCUCAACCUUAUAUAGACGAAAGAGAUUCUGCACUAGAAAAACUGGAGGAAAUUAGGGAGAAGGCCGAACAUUUUAGGAAAUUAUACGAACAACUUCGAAAUGAAGUUGAACCUUUUCAGGAUCACUUAAAAUUAUUACAACAAGCUAGAUCAGAAGCUAAAAACGAUGCUGCUAAAAUGGCCGAAUUAUACGGGCAACUGUUAGGCCAUCAUAAUCAUAAACAAAAGGUUCAACACGUAAGAAAGAUAGUAUUGGAAAAGCAACAACUAAAAGAAGAGAUACUUAUGCUUAGGGAGAAAAUGUCUAAAUUAGAAAGUCGUAAUAGAAAUUUAGAAAGUCAAGUUGUACAAGGAAAAAAGAAAUUUGGAAAAGAGAAUGAAAAUAACCAGCACAAUCUUAAAGAUUGA